AUGCCAGAUCUCGUUCCGCAGCCGAUUGGUUGGGGCACCUACGCAAAAGAUGCUAACACUCACUUCUUCAUAUGCGCAUUCCGCGAGAUGACUGGAGAAGUAUCUGGUGAGGCAUUAGCCGCAGAUGAAAGCACUGGAGAAUCUCAGAGUAAACUGGGUAAAGAGCUUCAACGCAUUAGCGACUUCACUGCCCAGAUCGCCCGCCUGCACAAAACCGCGCUUUCCCCAACAGGAAGAUUCGGCUUCCCCGUCACGACAUACGGCGGAAGACUUCCCCAAGACACCACCUUUUGCGAUACUUGGGAAGAGAGCUUUACUCGUGGUAUACAGCGGAUGUUCAAUCUCGAAGAAUUACAGCAUGGCCAUGACAAAGACAUGGUACAGCUGCGCGCUCUGGUUGUACACAAGGCGAUACCGCGAUUGUUGCGGCCUCUAGAGACCAAAGGAAGGAGCAUCUCAGCAUGCUUGGUGCAUGGCGAUUUGUGGGAUGGCAAUGGCGGAGUUGACAGAAACACGCGGAAGCCAGUCAUCUUCGAUGCAUGCUCGUCAUACGCGCAUCACGAGUACGAGCUAGCUCCCUGGCGACUCAAGCGUCACAAGAUUAGCGGAGUUUACAUAGCCGAAUACCUCAAGCACUACCCGGCGUCCGAGCCGAAAGAGGACUUCGAAGCCAGACACGCUUUGUAUUGCAUUGUCAAGGAUGAGAUGAAGGCGCUCUUGUUGAGCCUGUUCGGCGAUCUCGAACAUGCGAAGGUGUGGCAGGAUACUGCAGUCACGGGAUGGGGUGAUCGACCGAGCAAGUUGUGA